CUUCUCUAUAAAUUCAUCUGAAACUAUACAACAAUUUUGCUGUACCUCUACCUAUAUAUAGAUACAGCGAAUGGCGGUGGAGAGAAUCGCCUGCGGCGACGAACUGCCGGAAGGUUGUAUAGCUACCGCACUGUCGUUAACAAGUCCGAAGGACGCCUGCCGGCUGGCGCUGGUGGCUUCAACUUUCCGGUCAGCUGCUGAAUCUGACGCCGUUUGGGACCGGUUCUUACCGCCGGAUUAUUAUGAUAUCAUUUCCCGGUCCAUUGACGGUUCAGAUUCACUUAAUGUCGGUUCAAAGAAAGACCUUUACUUAUACCUAUGUGAUAAUCCUAUUCUCAUCGACGGUGGUACCAAGAGCUUCUCAUUGGAGAAAUGGAGUGGAAAGAAAUGUUACAUGUUAGCUGCAAGGUCGCUGCAAAUUGUUUGGGUCGACACGCCUAAGCAUUGGAGAUGGAUUUCCCUUCCUGAGUCGAGGUUUUCAGAAGUUGCCGAGCUUCUUGAUGUCUGCUGGUUUGACAUAUCUGUCAAAAUAAACACCAACAUGCUCUCCCCUGACACUAGAUAUGGCGCUUACCUUGUGUUCACGACAAAAUCCAGGACCUGUGGAUUUGAAAACCAACCUGCAGAGAGUUCAGUAGGGAUUGCUGGGCAUGAAAGAUAUACACAUACAUUUUAUUUGAACCCUCAGGGAGGAAGGAGACAGUACAGAUACCAAGUAGUCCCGAGACGGUUAGGAAUAUUCACCCACCACAUGGCUCGCAUAUUGAGAGAGGAAACGGAAGAUGCACCAAAAGGGUGUCAUCCUAAGCAGAGAAGUGAUGGGUGGAUGGAAAUUGAGUUGGGAGAAUUCUUUAUCAAGAGGGGACAAGAAGCUGAAGUAGAGAUUAGUUUAACAGAGGUAAAGGGAGGUGACAGGAAAGCUGGCUUAAUUAUUGAAGGGAUUGAUAUCAGGCCUAAGGAGUAAGGAGGGCAACAACAUAUCCAGUGAAAUUCCACUCAGUGGGGUCUGGGGAAGGUAGAGUGUACGCAGACGUAACCAAUACCUCCCGGAGGUAGAGAUGUUGCUUCCGUCUAAAAUAAAAUGAGAAACCUGCCGAGUAGAAGGCUAAAUCCCCAAGUAUAAUUCUUGUACCGACACACUCGUGGCUGAGAUCUAUAGAAGGAAGUGCACAAUUUUCGUCCUUCUCAUCUCGAGUACAUUUGUUUGUUUUUAUAAUGAUAGUGCCACAGCUAGCUUGCGUGCACCUACUGAUGUAUGUAUAAUGCUUUUGGCGUUUAAUGUUUGAUGUAAUGCACCCCUUCCGUUGUUUGGCUACUAAUAUAUUAAUUUGUUUUAACUAUA